UCGCUCUCGCGGGAAAUUGAGCAAGUCCAGUGAAUGCUUGUUUGUGGUGUGAAAUGUUAUGUCCCAAUUUAUUCGCUGAAUUUAUCCAGGAAGAAGUGCAAAUUACUUCAGUGUGGGCCUAUUGGUAGACAGGACGAUAAUGUCCGAGCCGAAGCGUGCCACUUUAGCGACAAUUAGUGAUGUGGACAGAGAGAAAAAGGCUGCAAAUACAGUGCGUGUGGAGCUGAAGCUGUUCGAGCCCAACGCGGACACAUUUCCCGAGUUCAACUUUCAGGCACUUCUGCAUGCCGAAAAGAAAAAGCGAAAGAAGAUCUCAAAACUGAACGGAUUCGGAGUAGCGGAUCCUUUUGAGAACGAUGACGAUGUUGCUCGCAUCGCUAAGGAGUUGGAGAAGAAAUACGGAUGCAAUAGUGCGUUUGGGAAGAAGCACAGCAACCGGACUUCGGCGGAUUACUGCGACAAGGGCGCGGGUUACGAUGAAAGCGAUUCAUUCAUUGACAAUACCGAAGCUUAUGAUGAACUAAUUCCGGAGGAGGUGGAAACAGUUCGUGGUGGCUUCUAUAUCAACUCUGGACCUCUCGAAUUUCAGCAUUUAUCUAAUUACGAGAGGCCAGAUGACGCUCAGCGGAUGCCCAAGCCGAAGAAGAGGACACUCUCCACCUCUUCAUCGAGCAGUGACGAGGAGGGAAGAGAGGCGAAGGCCACGAAGCAGCCAGUUGCUCCGGGUGCUCCGAAGAAUGGGCAUCAAGAGAAGAAACUGAAGAGUGUCAAUGCCGAUGAUGUAAAGGUAAAGUCAUCAAAGGCCAAACUCACGACUGGCGCAGAGAAGAAUCGAGGCGAUCAGAAGAAGAGUGACGACAGAUGUCUCAAGACAACCACUGUCAAGGACAUGCUGCGGGCGAAGAGGGACAGUCUGCGGAACAUGCAGGAUGCGGCCAAGAGAGAGAGUGAAACUGAUGGCGUGGAUUUGAGUAGUGCCCCAAUGACUUCGGAGUCCUCCAACGAGAGCACUGCCAUCGAGAUACCCAAUGGAACGAGUGGAGCGAAGCCUGAGACAAAAUUGCCAUCAAAUCUCAGUGAGGACAUCCUCAGGAAUGUUGUAUUGCUGAAGGAGUCCGCCAGGCUUGCCACAUCCAUGGGCAAGACAAAUUUCUUCGAUAGCAGCGUUCAGCAGACCCUAUUGAAGAUUGAGAACGCCGCAAGAGCUGCCGGCGGCCAUGUGCGCAAUCAAGUGUACUCACAUCUAGAAGUCUAUCUGCCAUGCAGCAAGCAGACGCUGAUGCUGAAGGCUAAGAAGCUGUGGAUUCAGCAGGAGGAGGCGAAAGUGAAGAAGGCGGUGGUGAUGCUGAAGAAGAGUGUGGAGGAGAGCAUGCCAGGAUUGGCGGAGUCGUAUGAGAAGGAGAACGAGAGGAUAAGGCAGCUAAAGAGCAGUAUGGCUAUCAUGGGGAUUCCUGAGAAUGAGAAUGAUCUCAAGUGGCCAAAGAAGCAAUAUGUGUGGAGUGACACGACAAGGAGAUCACUCAAUUCCGUUGUGAACGCAUGCCGGUCUGCCUUUAGUAAAUUAAAAUCACGGAAGGGAACUGUGGAGGAGUAUGUGCUGGAGUGUCUGAAGAAGGAUGUUUUGCCAAUUUGGUCGCCUGGUUGGAUGAAGUUGGAGGGAUUGUUGAAGGAGUUGGAGUGGAAGAUUGACAUGAAGAAUGUGAAUAGGGCAGUCAAAGAGGGAGGAAAUGAUCUGAAGCCACAGAUAAGUGGUGUUCCAGUGGCGACAAAUUUGAGUAAGGCAGAAAAGGUGGAGCCCAAGCCUCCUCUGAUCCCGGCUUCAUCAUCCACCACAUCGUUCCCCAGCAACAGCAGUCUAACCAUCACUCCAGUUAGUUCAGCGACGCCAGCGUCGAAACCACUUCCGAGUGUUCACAAUAAGGUGACUAUUACAAAUGUGGAGGAGCUGGUGAAGGCAGCCGCCAAGGUUCCCACGGCGUCGUCUGCCAUGCCCAGUGCUCCACCGCAACUACCCAGCGGUCUGAGUAUCUCCAUUGCGAGCUCUCCUACGCCGCCACCGCCAGUCUCAGUCACACCGAGUGCCACAACAGUCCUCAAGACGGUCUCCAAGUCACCGCCCAAGGAGGCCACUCCGCCCCCCAAGAAGUCAUUUGACUACAGUAUUAGCAGCAUUAUCUCUUCGACUACUUCGGCCGCGGCACCGGCGCCAAGUACCGUCAUCAGCCAGGUAUCAUCAGCGAAAAUGGAGCCUGAGAAAGAGACGCCAGUGAUACUGGUUGAGGAGAAAGCCAAGGUGGAAGUGCCGCCGGCCAGUGUACUGACGCCUAUCAAAGUGAGAUCAGUGGCGACUGUCAACAGCACUGUUGGGGCAUCACAGGAGAAGGUGAACAGUGGCGCGGUGAAGCCUGAUGUGAUCUUCGAAGAUCUGAGCAGCACCAGCAGCGACAGUAGCGAGUCGUGCAGUGGCAGCAGUGAUUGUGAGAUCGUGGAAAGUACGCCAGACGUGAAGAAGAAUGCGGCGAGGGUGGUUCCCAAGAAUCUUCAGCGACCACCCAAAUCAGUCUCAGCCGCAGCCGCGAGCUCUGGAGCUUCUGCGGUCUCGAAGAGUCGCGAUCUGGAUCCACUGGCUUUGGUAAAUGACAACGAUAUCGACGUCAAUCAGAUAAUGAAGGAACUCAAGGAGUUGCAGGAAUUCCAGCAAAACGACUCGCGUGCUGCAACAACUGGUGGCUUCAACAGCAAGAAAUCCAAUGAUAUCUCUGAGUACAGCACUGUGAUUUCAACAGUUCGCAAGUAAGAGAAGAAUAUAAUGUGUGUGGGGAGAGAGAGAGAGAGAAUGAGUAUGAAAAGGUCAGAGGUCUCGAAAUCAACUGCCAAGCUUCUUUUCAGAGGCGACAACUAAGAAGAAAAAAAUAGUUAAAGUAGAUGAAAGAAGUGUGAAAAAUGAGAGUAGAAAGAAAAUAUGAACAUUGUGUAGAUAUUGCGGAUAAUUAUAGCAAGGGAAUGCCCCUCUUGAACCUUCAUUUUCCCUUCCUUCAGCAAACUCUAUUUCACAUAUGUAUAUAUUGAUAAUUUAUUUAUAUGAUGACUAAUGAAGAUUUUUGUAUGAGUCUAGGAAAUAUUAUAUUACUGUAAGAUUUAUUUUUUUCAUCAUGAUAAUCAUUUUUUAACACAAAGUCUUACAAUACGUGGUCUUCUGGUGGAGAUCAUGGAGACAGACUAAUUUAUAGAAUAUAUAUUUAUAUAAUGGGAGAGAAAGCACAAUUUAUCGAUACAAUUAAUUGUUAAAGAAAAAUGUAUGUAUAGUGUUUAGUGUGUAAAAUGUAAGAUGUUUGUUAAAGCGAGGUGUAGAAGAUAGGAGACAUUCGGUGAAUGGGGAUGGUCAAGAGGCGGAGAAGGAGGAGAGUAAAUAAUAAAGAGAUUGAUGAUUACUUUUUGAUUAUAAUUUAAAAAAAAACAUAAAUAGACUAGAAUCAUCCGGCAAAAGUACAUUUAACCAAAAUUUGAUUGAUAAUAAAUGAUUGAAAGAA